UCAUCGUGCUGGUCUGUCGCUAGGUAAGCGGAACAGAAAACUAGCUUGUUUCCAUCCGGAUGACCAUUAAUGUAGCACUGCAGCCAACACAAACCAACCACGCGUGUUCACGGCUGAUGUCACGAGGGGAUAAUUAUCCAGCAGAUUCGUUUAGAAAUUAAAAUGUCAGCGGGGUCAAACAAAUCAGAGGUUUCCGAGGAAGCGCCGCCUGCAAACUGGAUCCUGCAGCAUCCGAUGUACCAGCAGAUGAAGGCUCUGGGGGUGGAGGACAGCGCCCAGCUCCACGCUGCCUUCCUGGUGUACAUGGACCUCGCUGAAGUGCGGCGGUGGCAGCAGGUGUCUUGUGUCAGGAGUCCCGAGCUGCAGCUGGUCCUGCUGGAGGGACGGGAGAAGGAUGAAGCACCGGUCCAGUCCGUCCUCCCCCUGCCAGCUCACCGGUCUCUGGCCCACAGAAGCAUCCGCCACGUGCUGGACCGGGGCUUCCCCAUGCUCCUGUGCGCCGUGGCAACAGACUCCACGCUGGUGUAUCAGAGGAUGACUGAUGGGCUGGUGACGCCGGACCCCCCCGCGGGCCCUUUCCAGGACGAGGGCCGGCGGCAGCAUCGGAAGAGGCGGCAGCGGCGCUGAGCUGCUGAAGGAGAAGACGGGGGAUUCAGAGAGGAUGGAGGCGUGGUGGUCGCGCAUGACUCCUAGUGAUGAAUUCAGAACCUCAAUCCAGGUUGUAAAUGGCUGAACUGAUGCUGCAUGAGAACGAGAUGCCUGGUACCAGGAUGUACCUGGACAGGUCUCAUAUGACACAUGAUGACGGUGUCCUGCAGCAGCGGAUUAGGUCCUCGGCUGUUAGUACGUCUCCCUGAGACACGCUCGGCGUCUGCAUGUGGACAUGCUACAUGCAUGGAGCAUGAACUACAAGGAUAUGGUUGCAGCAUGGAGAGAUUCCUCUUCUGUAUUUACAUUCAGCAUCUGCCAAGAGCAUUUGAGCGAGCUUCCACUUGUUUGCAGGUUUCAUUUAGAGAGCAGAUGAACAGAAUACGUUGGCCAACAUGCAAGCUUGCCCGGUUUUCACUCCUAAGACAUUAACCAGCUGGUUUUUGUUCACGCUCAGCCUAUAAAGAUCUGAUUAUUGAUCUGCCUGCGGGCUGGUGUAAACUCAAGAGUAACUCAGACUGUUGUGGCGUGUAGGACGGCUCCGGCUGCAGACCUUCCUCGUGGGUGCACAGCACCGUUUUCAGUUUGCUGCCAGUCAUUCACACUCUUUGCAGUAAAACGUACGACAUUAACUAUGUAAAAUAAGACUCUUGACAUCUCUCUUGUUCUCCAUCUUGCAGGUCAGCUGUGUCGUUUCUUCUUUUAAAACAUUGUCUGUUAGAGGGAUAAAUUCCUGAAAACCCUUUUAUUUCUUUCAAUAAAAGAAAAAAAAAAAUCACAUGGAAACACAAUGAUUUAACACUGGUGAAUAGGAUACAUGAUCAGAUUCAUACGUGGCAUUACAGUGUCUAUUCGCUGGAUUACAUGAAACUGAUGUUGAAUCGGGGCCCGGUGGCCCCGGUGUGUACGAGUGCACGUGUCUUUCAUGGUGCAGCGGUGUCUGAAAGUCAGGAAAGACUACAUGAGACGGAGUUUACAACACUUUAACCCUGAGCCUUGUUCAACGUAAAAAUCCCAUGAAUCUCAACAGAAACGGACGCAGACUGACGUACGCGCGGCACUGGCCCACGCGCUGUAGAAAAGAGGUUCACACCGUCUCCCUUCGCUGACCUCCAGCCCGGCGGGGAAGCAUUCCCGGGUGAAGGUUUUCACUUAGUUAAAGUCCACCGGAGAGCUGUGGCUGCUGCUGCAGGGGGUUCCCGCCCGCAGCGGCCUGCAGCCUCCACACGUCUCCAGCAGGCACCUGCCGACAGUUCCAGGUCCCCACCGCUGUGGCCCGGCGGCGGCUUCAGUCAGGACAUAAACGCGGGUCUCAUUCUCACCUCGGAGGAUCUUAAAAUAGUUUCAGGUUGUAAUCUUGAUUAGGAGAGCAAAAAGGUGCUUGCUUGGAGUCAGGACACUGCUCUUCACAGGUACUCGUGGGGUUAAUCAAAACGUGGCCGCUCCCUGAACGUGCUCCGAUCCGUCGGCACCGCUGGAGUGACGGUCCCCUUUCAUUCUGGGACGGCUGGAGUUAUGUCAUAUCCUCCUCUUCUGAGCAGUAGUCCCGGCCCUGCAGGAGACACACACCGUUACAACAGGGACAUGCUGGUACUGCAACCAAUCACAGCCAGACACAGAACCAGGAGUGGACUUUAUGUGCCCAUGUCACCGAUCAACCAAGGUCAACCAAGGUCCUCAUAUUCUGAUGUACUAAUUAUAUCCUUAUAUGAGAAUUUAUCAUCUGAGCAGCAUAAGAGGAUUAAAAAAACAAGUAAAAACAACCUCAGAUGUAUUAUACACUUGGGCUGGGCGAUAUAUCGAGAUUUGAAUAUAUAGAUAUAUUUUCAAACGCGAUAUGGUACGAGACAAUAUCGUUUAUAUCGAUUUAAAAAAAAUAUAUAUAUGAUUUUGAUAUAGCUUAUUUUGUGACAAAUUGACUUGAAUGUUUUAUUUGAGAUUUGCGCAAAUGUUUUAUUUGCACAACUGUCAACCUCAGUGGAAAAGUCUUCCUGUUACGGUCUACAUUGUAUUAAUUGCACAGUGUAUUUUAAUUUAAUUGUUAUGCAGGAAAGGGAUAUUUGUUUUAUUUUAUU